GGCGCCUGCAGCCUAGAUAGGGAUGCGUGCGCCCUGAGAUCCCCGGCAGCCCCGAACCCCAGCAGAGAGAAGCGAGGAUGGAUGAGCGAUGGUGGGAAGGACACCUGGCAUUGGAUAUCCACUGUACGCUCAGAGAAAAGCACCAGGCACAGAGCUCGGCAUGGAGUAGUUCAAUUGAAUUUGACCGUAAACAAAUCACAGUACCUUUGUGCCUUCAUUUUCUUAUCUGAGCUGAAGCUGCCCGUCUACAAAGCCCAGUCCCCCCUCCUUGAGAGCCGAAGGUAUUUUGUUGACUUAGUUUCCAUCCUCAGCAACCACUGCAAGAUCUGCCCCACAGCCAGACACCUGGCUGUCUACCUGCUGGACCUCUUCAUGGAUAGAUACAGUGUGACUGCAAAGCAGCUGCAUAUCGUGGCUGUUGCCUGUCUUUUGCUAGCAAGCAAAUUUGAAGAGAAGGAGGACCGAGUGCCGAAACUGGAGCAGAUGAACAGCCUGGGCCUCUUGUGCAGCUACCAGCUGGUGCUGAGUAAGAAGGAACUUCUCCAGACGGAGCUGCUCCUCUUGGAGGCCUUUGGAUGGAACCUCUGCGUGCCUACCCCAGCCCACUAUGUGGAUUACUACCUCUUGUUCUCUCUCAGCCAGAAGGACCUCUGCAACAAUUGGCCUAUCUUCUCUUUCUCAAAAACCAAAGGUUUCUUAGAGAAAUAUGCCCACUACUUUCUGGAAGUCUCAUUACAAGAUCAUAUUUUUCACAGCUUCCCACCAUCUAUGGUAGCUGCAGCUUGCAUUGGGGCCUCUAGGAUUUGCCUGCAGCUCUCUCCCACCUGGACCAGAGACCUGGAGAGAAUAUCACACUAUUCUAUGGAGCAGAUCAGUGCGUGUGUUAAAGUCAUGCUAUUGGCUUUUGACAGUGACUUCAAGGAUGCUAACAAAGUGAAGAACCAGCCUCUGGCCCUGCAACCCCAGGUGUUGGUGCCCAGCACACAUCAGGCCCCCACCCAGGUGCUAUUCCAGCAGCCGGCCUUCCACCACCCCCUCCCCCAGCCACCAGCAGCUAGUCUGUCCCACAUCCAGGCCCCUGUGCAAGACUUGUGCUCAGCCUAUCGUGACACCCUCCAGCCCCACCAGUCUGGGAGUUUGCUCUCUGGAAGCACCGGCCCCUCUCUUUACCACCCUUACUCUGCCCUCCAGCCUUCGGCAGUCCAGGCUGUCACCAUCCCAGCACCCCUCCCCAGGCAGAUUGGAGCAGAACCGAAACCCUGCAUCUCCAUGGCCUAUGGGAGUAGUUACUUCAGUGGACAUCAUUCAUUCCCAGCUGGAUGUUUUGACAGAUAAAGUAAAGCCUCCCUAAGACUGUGUUUAAGCAGUCGAGGCCAAAGUAGAAGAAGGAACAAACGAGAGGGAUCUCAUGGUUGCACCAGGCAGCCAGCUGCUGGGCGAGACAUGCUAGGAUGUCAGCUGCAGUUGGGUUAUUUUCAGGGCCUCUUCUCCCCAGGGCCUUGUUGAAGCGCAGGCUCAUGGGGUCUUUUGCCCUUUUUAAAACUGUGAGAAGUGGAAAAAUGCAAUAACAUACCUCACCAAGAACACUUCCCUCUGAAAAUCUGGUUGUAUAGAGAUGGCUUUGCAUCUGUCUUCCAAUGCAGGGACUCCAGGGAAUUAGAAGGAUCUGGCUGGCGGCCAGACUACCUGACCCUGGAUAGACUACUAGUCAAAGAAUAUUUCCUGUUUUUAUUGUUAAAAAGUCUAUUUCUUAUCAAUGGCAGCUAUCCCACUGUAAAAUGACACUGGGAAGUUUUUUGGUUCUGGGAAAUGCCAAGCGUUGGUGCAGUUUUUCCUUGGCUUAGAAGUCAAAUGUAUGUUUGUUUUAGUUUUUUGAUUUUAUUGUUUAGAUUCGUCACUGUUUUGUUGUUAUUGUUGUUUUAAUAGAGAAACACAUCUGAGUACCUGCCUUCUGGGAUUGGGUGGAUGGGUCCCUUUUUAAACUUUUUUUUUUAAACCUUAAAUGUCACUCUGCCUUGUAGGUAUUUUAAGAUGCUGCUGCCUCCUGAAGUGACUUAGCUUUUUCACUCAGUAAGAUGUCUUGUUUACAAAUUAUAUCAGGGAUUUAAUGUUACUUGAAGGUUCCUUAGGAAAAAAAAAUGUUUUGUCUGUGAGUGAUGCACUGCCCAUAAUGCUAAAGUGUUCUAAGUUGGACUAUCUUGUGGCCUGCUUACUAAAAGCUGAUAGCUAGAUUUUCUUUUUGUCGGAAGGAAGAAGAAUAAUUAACAGAGGUCAUUUUCUAAGCCUUUUGUAGUUCUAGAUGGCCCCUAGACUUUUUUGAAACUGUGUUCCCUAGUGGAGUUUCCCCCUAUAACUAGCCCCUAGAUAAGAUCUUCCAAGAGUAGGCGACAGUUUAGGGUCAUUUUGUUUUUCCUCCCCUCUCUGUGUGGGAUGAGAAGCUGGUCUAGGUUUUUGUUUGUAUGAAGGCAAGAGGUGGAGCAUUUGUAAAAAUGCAGAGGUGUGUUUACGUGAGGGGAUGAACGCUGUCAGGACAUUUGAUGUCAGAUUGGUCAGAUUGAAAGGCAGUAUUGGAGAGGGCUGGUCUACAAUUGAGAGGGCUCUCAGGAUGACAAUAUAAACAAUGUGCAAUAAUAUGUUUUUUACUCUGACUUGUGUGGCCCAUGCUCAGUGUGUUCUUGGGGUUUUGGGGGGGGGCGGUGAGAGAAAGGCGGGGAAAGGAGAGUUUGGGAUGUUGAAUGUUGUCCCCCCAGCACCAUAUUAUGGUCCUUUCCUAAAGUAACUUUUAGGAGAAAUCUGUGACUUGUUUCCAACUUCUUUAAGACCACAACAGCAAGAACCCACCCACCCACCUACCCUCCACCUUGGUGGGUCACCAAGUUGGUCUCAAUCUAAUCUGAAGAUCUUACUUUCCUUGCCUAGAAAAGGUAAAGUUUUUAUUAAAAGAUAGGUUAAAGGCGAGCAGAGCAGAUGAAAACCUAAAUAGCAAGCAAAAUAAAGCCUUAGAGUGAUGCAACAUCAAGCAUUUAGCCUUGGGAAAUUUGGUGUUGGUUUUUUUCUGACCUGUUUUUAUAGUUUGUGAGCUUUGCCUGGUUCCUACACUAUUUUAUUGGGCAUCCUCUCAGGGCAGCAGGUGUGGGGUUAAGGGCUGACAGCAGAACCCAGCAGCCAGUCCCACCUUUUUUUCCAUUUGAUGAAACUCUUCCUUCCCCCGCCCCCACUGGCCCCUGGAGGAAAGCUCCCCCAAUAAACAGCU